GAGCAGCCAACGCCGCACCUGAGCAGCCUAGUUGUACGCCCCACUGACAGCGGUGGAGAAAAUGGAGGUUCGGACUACGAGCCAGGUGAGGUUCGUCCCGAUGCACCGUCCCCCUAUUCACGUUCAGAUCGAUUCGAUGGUGCUGAGCACUUUGCCUGGUGCAAGAACUUUGGUCUUGAAGAAGGCACAUGGUGGGGUUCUGGUGAGAAAUUUUGUUGGGGUAUUUGGAACAGGAAAGGGUAUAUGUCAUUUAUCAUAUUUUAAGGACUUUUGCAUGAGCUGUAAACUCUUUGUACCGUGUUGUGUUUCAUGGGAUGCUCUAUUGAUAGCGCGCUUGUAUGGAUUGGUAUAAUUAUCUCUUUGAAGGAAAUUGAGAAUGUUACAUGAGGUAUCUGAGAGACCUGAUCCAUCACUGUAUGGUUACUGUUGUGAAUGAAGUGCCUUUGCUGAUUGUCUUAAGAGUUGUAUUAUUGAGUGGCUGGAAAUGCUGCAGGGGCGGUGAGUGGUAAUUAGUGAAACUUGACAAAGACCCCAACUCCUUAUGAAGCAAGAGAUAUCAUUUGGAUAUAGAGCGCAUGCAGGUUCUGUUUCACCUGUGCGCCAUAGGAAUGCGGAUGAUCGGUAUAGUCCUGAUUUUGAUCAUUCAGGUGGCCCACCACGUAGUCGUGGAUUUGGUCGCAGUAGAGGUCCUGGUAGACAUCGACACUAUUCACCCCCUUAUGGUCGUGGGAGAGAAGCUGGCAGGUUUGUUGGCAGAAGUUAUGAUGGACCUGGCUAUGGUGCAGGGCAAGUUAGAGGUCUUCCUAGAGGUAAUCCAAAUGUUCAGCCAAGAGAUGGUGACUGGAUGUGCACGGAUCCCUUAUGUAACAACUUGAACUUUGCAAGGCGAGAGUACUGUAACAAAUGCAAAAGGCCUCGAUACACAUCUGCUGGGAGUCCUAGGAGGGGUUAUCCUGGCCCCCCUCCCCCUCGUCGCUUUCCUGGGCCCCCAAUCAACCGUUCUCCGGGAAGGUUUGCAAAUGGGUAUAGGUCCCCUCCUCGUGGCUGGGCUAGAGAUGACCCCAGAGAUUUCAGAGCUGGGGGUCCACAUUCCAGAUAUGAAGGGAGAUUUGCAGGUCCGCCAAUCCGUAGAGAUAGGCCUGAUUUUGCUGAUGCUGAUUUUAGGGACCGGAAUAGGUUUGAAAGGCCCCCAGCCCUGGAUUGGGGACUUAGAGAUCGUGGGAGAGAGAGCUAUUUAUGUGAGAGGAAAGGUUAUGAAAGGCGAACACCAUCUCCACCUCAUCCACCAGUACUAUCACCUCGUGGCGAAUGGGACCGUGAUAUCAGGGGAAGAAGCCGUUCUCCAGUGAGAGGUGGCCCACCACCUAAAGACUAUCGUCGUGAUUUAUACAUGGGAAGGGGACGAGAUGAUCGGCGGGUUGGACGAGAUGCAUAUUAGCUGGCGUUGAAAUGAUUAUAUUUGUUGAACUAGAUGUAUGCUACCUGGUUAGCAAAGGUAAAGCGACAGAAAUAUUAUCCAAGCACAUAUCUUCUAUCAAGAAAAGAACCCGUUUAUGUAACCUUUUUUGUGCAGCCAUUUGCAGUUGUUGAACCCAAAGUUUUUGGGGAUCUCCCUUUUUGUUUA